GUAAAGUGGAUGGAUCGCGGCCGCCUCGGAUUCUGGCAAAAUGUCUCAUCUUUUGCCAAAUGAAUUGAGGCAAUUAAAACGGCCCAAACUCGGACCCCCUGGAUAUUAUCCACAAGAUCCGAAGCAGAAAGAGGAUGAGCUGACAAGUACAAAUGUAAAGCAAGGUUUCCUUAAUGGACCUCCACAUAGCCUGUCAAAUGAGUAUGGAACAGGGAAAAACUCUGCAAAGAACAUCUACAAAAAUAAGUUUGGUGUGUAUUUUAGUGCAAUAGUAGCAGAGAAGCAGAAGCUCAACACUUUUCAAGAUACAGGAAAGAAGAGGCAGCCAAUAUCCAAAGACAACUUUGUUCUUGUUCCUGCUAACAAAUCAAAGGGUCAAGUAUCAUGGUUUCAUGACCUUGCUGGGAAUAAAUCUCUCAAUCAACUCACAAAGAAGGUGCCAGUGUUUCAUCGUAAAGAUGAUAUCUUUGUGACUCUGUGUGAGAACAACAUGCCAAUGAUCAGAGCAGCAUGGUAUCUAAAAAUGAUGGCUGCAAACCAAGCUGCUAUCUCAGAAACAAAGAUGAAGAAACGACAACCUAAUGAUCCAUCCCAAGAUUGGUGUCUGAUCAUCACCAAGUUCUUGAAGAGCCAGCUCGACAAGAUCGUAGAGUACAACAACACGGCCUCCCUCGUCUCUGCACAGCAGGCGGCGGCGGCGUCGAACGCCAAGCAGUCAUCGUCGUCAGGCUCCUCCUUGCUUGGAGGCGGGAUGGGCUCCAUGGGGAUGGGAUCUGGCUCCAUGGGAGGGAGUACAAUCGAGCUGGAGAAGUGUGUCAAGCUGUGGCAGUACACGACAGAGUUGGCCAGAUAUCUCUAUCAGGAAGGGAUGUUGGAAUGCCAUGACUAUCUCUCCUGGCUUGUUGACACUUUGGAGAAGGUUAACACUAAUGAUGACAGUACACUCAGAUUCUUACUACCAUUUGUCGUACAGUAUUUAGAGGAGUUUCUGAAGAGUCAGCUGCUCUCCCGUCGUCUUGCCUACGUCUGUGCUCGGCGUCUUACAUCCAUGUGUUCUGAAUCUAGGCCCCAUUCACCACAUCUCAAUACAUCUAGCAACGCCCAGAUGCCAUCCAACCCUCCGUCCCAUUCCCAGCAUGCCCUGGCCAGCAUCCUGGCCGAGUUCCGCAGCUGUCCCCAGCAUCACUCCAUCAUCCUAGGUCUAAGCUGCAUCCUUCAGGCGGUCACCCUGCGCUGUCCCAGUGCCCUGGUCUGGAUCAACCUGGGCGAGAGCAAGAACUACAGCGUGCCUGGGUCACCGUUGGACAUCCUACCCUGUCCGCCGUCCCUACUGCCCCUUCCUGGUAGCAUCUCCAUACAGAAUCAUCAGAUUCGUAGCAGCAUUCGUCAGGCAGAAAACCAGAUCAAGAUGAGGAGCAGAAGGGCAGAGGUCAGGUGGUCCUCAGAUAAAUGCCAAGAAUCCGCAGCUGGUCACACGAUAUCGAGAGUACUGCAGACGUUAGAAGUGCUGGACGGACAUUGUUUUGAUCGCUGUGAUGCUAGCAACUCAAUAGAUGCACUCUACAACAAGAUAUUCCUGAAUAAUCAAAAACAGGACUCACCAGAACCUCUUCAGAGUGAUGAUCCUAUAGUGCUUCUACUGUGCCAAUGGGCGGUGUGUCCAGAAAGGACGAGUGAACAUAGAGCUCUUGUUGUGGCCCAGCUCCUAGAGAAAUACGUCAUCGACAUGGAGACAGAGAAAAUGGCUGAAACAGAAGGAUUGGAAGACAAAGAGAUGGCACCAAUCUCCCCUAUGCCUGCUGCAUCGACCACCCCAGUGUUUCAAGUCUUACUUCAACAUUUCCUGGAUGUCAGAGCCCCUGUGAUUGAUGACAAUUCAUCUGCUGAUGACAAGAAAGCCUUUGCCAACCUAAUCCUACUCUUUGGUGAGCUGAUCCGGUGUGAGGUAUUCUCCCAUGAUUCCUACAUGUGCACCCUGAUCUCCAGGGGUGACCUGACUACCACCCCUGCCCCUCAGACAGGGGCGUUCGUAGGGGGUCCAGGGAGCCAGAGGAACGAUGGAGGUGCAGGUGUUAAGAGUGAGGCCAAGGAUGAUGGUGAAGAGAAGCAGGAUUCCUCCGACAAUGAGGACUAUGGUUACCUUGACGACAAACCCCCUCCUGCCCCUGCCCCGCCCCCUCGCAAGGAGUCUGCCUCCUUCCAAGAAAAAUUCCUCGAGUCCAUCCAGUCGAAAUCGGACUCCCAGUCAGACAUCUCCGAUGACGAGAAAGACAGUCCGAUGGACGGCGACAAGAGCGACGAGGAGAAGAAAUCGGACAUGGAUUACAGGUCUCCAUCUCCGGAAGCACCUCGCGUCAAUCGCCAUCAGCUCUACGUGAAGCACUUCCCCAUCUCAACUGAGGAUGGUUCUGUGUACCAUGAGAGUAAUCAACGCUCGGUGCUCCUCUACGGCUUUGGUCGUGCCCGCAUGGAAGCCAGGCAACAGGUCAAACAUGUCCAGAAAGACUUAUUGAAAAUCCUCACCCAAGGAGGGGGUAAAUGUGAAGGGUCAAAGGGCAAGAAAGUGUCCAAGUCUGAUGAACCGACAAUCAACAAGGAGGAGGCGAUGCAGAGGUUUCUUGCGCUGUGUUACUUCGAUCAGCACAUGGUGACGGGUUCUUGUGCAAACGGGGUCUUGGAUCAGGUUCAGUCAUUCAGUAUGGGCAAUAGGGACACACCACCCACCUUUGACCAGGUUACACUGGUGUUUGAACUCUUUGAGAAUGCACUCAACAUCAAUGGCUUGCUGGAAUUUGCUGUCAAGAUGUUAUCUCACAUGAGUCGUGUUGAGCAUGAGUUGAUGAGAAGGAAAUCACCGCAGAGUGGGACAUACUGCACCAAUCUCUGUUUGACCAUAGUAGCAGUGCUUCGUCGCUUCCAGGCAUGCUUGCUGGUGUUCCCUGAACAGACAGCAACGGUCUUUGAGCUAUUGUGUGGUGUUGUAAAACAUGUGAGUAACGUAACCAACUGUACUUCGGCAGAGCGCUGUAUCCUGGCUUAUCUCUAUGACCUCUACACUUCUUGUAGUCAUCUCAAGUCCAAGUUCUCAGACUUGUUUAGCAGUGUGGCCAAUAAGGUGAAGCAGGCUCUGUAUACUAGUAUCACCCCUUCUGAAUCAAACUCACGAUGGAACCAAGACUUCAUGCAGGAGUACAUUGAUAAUCCUAGGGGUCGUGAAUUCAAGCAAUCAUCUUUGGGUCGUCAGCUGAAUGAUAAUCCAGGCGAUAGAUAUAGCUUUGUGUGCAAUGCCCUUCUUGCCAUUUGCAAUGCAGAUCCUGAGAAAUUGAACAGUCUCUCUAUCAUGUGUGCUGAAUUGACCGCCAGCUGUACGACGCUGAGCUCUGAAUGGCUUGGGGUACUCAAGGCCCUCUGUUGUUCAUCUAUACACAGCUGUGGGUUCAACGACCUUCUCUGCAAUGUCGAUGUGAGUGAUCUUUCAAUCCAUGACAAUAUUGCAGUCUUCACAGCCAUCCUGAUUGCCAGACAUUGCUUCUCGCUGGAGGAUGUGGUAGAUCACGUUGCUCUUGCUUCCCUUAUCGCUGCGAACCCUGGCAUCUCUGGUGCAUCCAUAGCUGAUCCCGAUGCCGAACCGGGAGCAAGGCUGAUGUGCCACCUGCUCCUCUGCCUCUUCUGCACCUCCCAAGAGACCCCCACCGUACCCUCCACCGGCUCCUCAAGCACCAGUGGGGGUAAUAACCCCACUCCCGCCCCUGGAGAAGGGGGACGGGGCGGUGGUAGUGGUGGAGCUGGUGGUGGUGGAGCGGUUAGGUUCAUCAAGACGACCUGUGAUCGUCAUAUGCUGGACUCUGCUCAUAGCAGCAUCACUGUUGAUGCUUUGGUCGGUGUCUUGAAGGCCAUCCUUCUGCUGGGUGAUGCUGCUGUGGGGGGAGGAGGCUCCUCCUCAAGCCUCUUUGGCUCCUUUGAUGACUUUGGAGGCAGAGAAGGCCGAGAAGGGGGCAACCAGGAGGAGGGGUUCGGCCAGGGUACCAAGUCCUCAGGUAACAUGUCAACAGCCAGUCUAAGUAACUAUGCCAAGUACACCCUGAAGACAAUCUGCAGUCAGAACUGGGUCAGAGAAACAUUCCUCAAGGAUCAAGAGAAUCUAUGGACCAAUGAAGUACUCUUGGAUCAGUAUUUAUCGCAUAAGCAGAUCCACUACCUUCUUCAGUUGAUUUGCUACCCGAGUGGGACAUCAACCAUUGGAGACGGAGGCUCAGACGCUGAUCAGAAGACUAUUAUCACCCGCAUACUAAAGAAUUUGAACCAGUGGACCUUACGGGUCUCUUGGUUGGAGCUCCAGCUGAUGCUCAAACAGUGUCCCUCUGCCUCAGAGAACAAUUCUCUGCUUGAGAACAUCGCCAAAGCAACCAUCGAGGUAUUCCAGUUGACCCCAGAGGAUGAACAGAGCUCAAGUAAAGGUGGAUCAAGCAGCGGUGGUGGUAGUAGUAGCAGGCGCAGCUCAGGAGCUAACCAGAAAGGGAAUCAGGACUCAAAAUCUGACCCAGCCAACAGCAGUGUGUGGUUAGUAGCUCCUCUGAUCUCCAAGCUUCCUAGCUCAGUCCAGGGAAGGGUCUUGAAGCAAGCUGGGAACAUCCUGGAGAGUGUUGGUCAAACCUGGACUUCCAAGCCAUCAAGCAAAGAUAAGGACAAACAGGGUCAAAGAAGCCAAGCAUCAACCGUGAGUCACCAGCCAUUGCUGUCUUUAGUAUUGACCUGUCUCAAAGGCCAAGAUGAGCAAAGAGAGGGUCUCCUAACAUCCCUGCAGACUCAGCUUACACAAUUCCUGCAGUCACCAAAAGAUGACCGAUGGGAAGACCCUAAAAGCAGGAGACUUAUGCAUGAAGCUCUACAACUCAGACUUAGUUUGGUUGGGAAUAUGUUUGAUACCAUUAUGAGGAGUAUGAUGUGGACGACAGAGUUUGCUCUUCUUCUUCUACAACUCAUCACAACAGGAACUGUUGAUCCACAUACCAAUAAUGAGCUGUUCACUACUGUCUUGGACAUGUUAUCAGUUCUCAUCAAUAGUACCCUGUCCUCCGAUGCUAGUGGUAGUCCAGGGGCAGGAGAAGAGAAAGGACGUUCUCACCAAGCUCUUAUCAAGAAACUCAAGAAAGAGGUUGGUGACAAGCAUUCUGACGGGAUCAACCUGGUCCGUCAGCUUCUACCGGUCCCAAGGAAGACCAUUGAGGUGAUCACAUGUGAGCCAAUGGGGAGCUUGAUAGAUACCAAAGGCAACAAGAUCACCGGCUUUGACUCCAUUGAUAAGAAACAGGGGUUGCAAGUAUCAGCCAAGCAGAAGAUAAAUCCCUGGGAUACGUUAGAGAUCCUGAAGAACCCCGCCCCUCUCUCAUGGGCGUGGUUUGGGGGUAUUAGGAUGGAGAGAAAACCGUUGAGAUACCAGGAGCAGUACCGCCUUACACUCUACCACUCCCACAACCAGGUCAAACCCGACAGCCACUAUUUUGACCCACCACAAGUCCCUCCAGACGAAGAGGAGCCCCCACCCCCAAUUAACCAGGAAGUAGAGAAGCCCAUACAGGAGAUGGACUCCAGCCAAUCAGAGAUCAAGGUUGGCGUUGUUAUACCAGUAGAGGGCUCCAAAGAGACGACAAAUAAGAAGGGAAAGAAAAGGCCGAACCGUAAGAGACCGGCCCCUACCCCAGCUCAAGCACCUAUGAGAGAGCAACCGUAUCCCUUCAAUCCUGGCAUGAGUGGUUACCAAGAUCGUAACUUUGUCCAAUCUGCCAUGUUACCACAGGGACAAGUGCCUUUCCAACAGCCGCUGCCGCCAGCUGGUCCGAUCCGUCCUGACAGGCCUCACAUGAUGCCAGGCAGCUCCAAGAUGGUCUUGAAGAAUCACCUGAUAGGAGCGAGGGCUUCAGGGCCAACUGGACAGAGUCAGCCUCUGCUGACUCAGAAGUUAUUACGUGAUCAGAUUGCUCGUCGACGUGGACCGGGAGGGAUCACCCCAGAUGGUCAGAUGUCAAACAUGGUACAGCCAGGAAACCAGUAUAACAACUACAACAUGCCGAUGAUGGGUCAGCAGGCCGGGAUGACCACUGACCCCCAUGCCAGCGGUCAGCCACCGUCCAGCAUGGUUGGCAGUGGGUACAACCAACAGUUCUCUCACCCAGCCCAGCAAGGGGCUAACCAGCCUCAACGUAUGAUGCCAGGGAUGAACCAGCAGUCAGGGCCUAAUCAGAUGGGUUACCCCCCUCAACAGCAUCAACCGAUGCAUGCUACUAGAGCCAGCAGGUUACAACACCAAAUCCAACAACACCGCCAGAUGCACCAAGGUAUGCAGCAACCGCAGCAGCAUCCCACCGGUCCCACCGGCCAGGGGACAUACAUGGGCCAUCAGAUGCUACCACAGGAACAACAACAGCAACAGAGAGGUCAGCAACAACUCCUCCAGCAGCAGCAACAGCAGCAGCAGCAACAACGGAUGCUGGCCUUGAGGCAGAUGCAAGGUCAGGUGCCCAUGUCAGGGUCGGGUAUGAUGCCUGGCAUGCAGAAUCAGAUGGGCGGGCCGGGAAGGCCCGGGAACACUAUGAACCAAAGGGGUCACAACACGUACACCCAUUACUGAACGUAUUGAAGGAAAAAUUUUUGAGGGUGUGUUCAGUAAGGUAAGGUGUUUUUAUCAGUGUCAGGUUUGAUGCCUUGUGUGCAGAGUCAAAUGAUUGGCCCAGGAAGGCCCAGGAACACUGAACCAAAGGGGCCACAACACAUACACCCAUUCUUGAAGGUUUGUUCAGACUUUUGAGGGUAUCUACAGUCGGGUCAGGUGUGGCAUGCGGAGUCAGAUGGAUAGCCCAAGGAGGCUCUGGAACACUGAACUAAAGCAGCCUUCUGCAAUGUAUGAUCAAUCAUGGAACUCCAUUACAGUACAUAAGCAGUGUCUAAGUUUUGUGCUACUGGGUCCUGGGCCCCAUUUCACAAAGACUUGUUAUAAUAACAAAUUUACUAUCAGCCAAUCAGAUUGAAGGAUUUCAGUAGCUUUUAACUGUUAUCGCAAAUUUGUUAUUGUAACAAGUUUUAUGGAAUGGGCCACAUGUAUGGUUGGAGCUCCGAAAUAACUAAUUUGAUUGAAUUAAUGACUGACUUGUUAACCAUGUGAUUCAAGUAAAAUUUUAUGUGCAUUAGGUACUUUUUCAGAGGACUUUGCAAUCUUUGUAUGAUUAAAUUGAAUUUCUUUUAGUUCCAUCAAUCAUGUUUGGAAUAAUUUGAAACAAUCCUUUAUCAUUCAUUCUUUACCAUAGUUGGGAAUACUUUGUUAUACAUGUCCAUAUUAUUUCUCUUGGACCAAUAUGUAAUAAAACAUAUGGGCCAAUUUGCCUAGGUUUAAAUUUUUGGGACCACAGAAAAUAUGCUUGACAAUGGCGAAAUUUGACUCUGAAGAACCAAUAUACACAGAGCUGCCAACUCUUAAUAAAAGAAAAAGUCAUAAUUAUCAUGAUUUUCAUGUCAAAUUAUGCCAUUAUGCUUUUGACCUAAACUAUUACAAUUUUGAGGGCAGAUAAGUAUGAUAACAUUUAAUGCUAUCUAGUAAUUACAUUGGGCAGUAGCGAACUCAUCUGAAGGUGGCCAAUAAUAGAUAAUUAUUUGCAUGAUCGUGUAUCUUUGUUUACAUCGAUCUGAAUGAUAUCACUGCUUAAAUACUGACUCGAUCUUGUGGUUAUUUCCUCUUGGAUAUAUCAUGGAUUUACGCAGAGAUAGAGUACCAGAGAUGAUUCUGAAUCUGAGUCUUAAAGCAGAUACGAACCAAUAGCUCCAUCUUGAGUCCUCAAUUACUCAUACAUGGCCAGUUUCCUGAGCCAUAAUGCUAGUAUAGUCUAGUAAUAUUGACCCACUUGAAUGAUAACAUGCUACUUAAUUACUCUACAUUGAUACCGCAAUAAUUAUGUUACCAAGUAGCAAAACAAGUACUUUUCCUCUCAAAACAUUCUAGUUUCUCUAUACAAAUACAAUUAUUGGUCAAUUCAUUCUUUGUAGUAUUAGUAGAUAUCUGAAAACGUAUAUUUUUAGACUAUGUUUUUACAACACACCGUCAAUGAGAUACCACACACAAUUCACUCCCCCUUUAAAAGAAAGAGGAUGCAUUUCUUUUUUAUUCUUUGUAUUACCUCUUAUAAUACCACAUGGUGCGUAUGAAAUUAUGACUUUUUAGCUUCUGGAUUAUUACUUUUUCCUUUUAAAAGUUGGCAGCUCCGUUAUCGAAUGCUUUGCAUAAUCUUAUCAGAUAUCUUGAUACAACUUGGGUGGUUAUUCAACUCAUGGAAGACUUAUGAAGACACAUUCUCAAGAUUAUGUUUAUAUAAUUCCAUUAAAAGAGUUUUCUCAUUACAUUGAAUGUAAUUCCAAGUCUGUCUCGUACAUAUUUUGUCAAUAGUCAAAAUCGAUUUUGUACAUACAUAUUUCUUAUUAUAUAUUCAAGGUGAGCAUGUUCCUUUUCUAAUAGUUGUACAUAUCUGUUCAGUCUACAUGCACAACUUGUAUAUAUCUUAGGUAUGUUUGCUUACUUUCAAAUUAUCAAAAUUCCAGUAGAAAUCAAUUUCUAGUAAACCCAUGAUCACAUUUUUGAUAGAUAGGCAUCUUGAGAAUAUUUAUUUAUUACUGAACAAAUUGUACAGGUGUAAAUUUACUUCUUCUUCGCAGUCUUAGCCACUAACUUAUUAAUUUCAGCCAUCAAACUUUUUUAUUUUUCUUUCUUCAUUCUUGCAUACUUUAUUCAUCAUUCAGCAAAUUUUGAAUCAUUCAAAAAGUUAAUCAACCUCUGUUCACCUGCUCCAAACAUGCAGGUUUAUGUAUGUAAGUCUGUGGACAAGUUGAUCGAGGACAGGAUUCACAAACUAGGGUGUGGGUGUUCAGGAAUAAAGCUGACCUCUCCAUUUUUUUUAUUUAGUAUUUUACAGGCUUCUUUCAGCCUUUCUUGUGAUUUCCAUGCUGAAAUAGUAUAGCUUUUGCAUUAUCAGGGGGUUUUUAAGCUCUAUUUGUUUAAGGUCUAUCCCAGCUGUGCACAAAGCAUGUAAUAUCAAUAGAUGUAUUUGCUGCCAACCAUUAAAAACUCUCCAUUUCAGUAGCUUAUAACAAUAAUAUGAAAUCGAUACCUAGUUUUAUGAAAUUCUGUCCAACGGAGCAUUUCAUCAAGAUUUUUUUUUCUGAGAAGUUGUCAGACCAAACUGCUUUGUGUGGUUUUGAUGAGCUGAUAGCAUAGAUGUCUGACUGUUACUAUGGUAACUGCCAGAUAGAAUCGACUUUGUCUGGUAAAACAUCUGACAAUUCCUUUCAUGGAAUGCUCUCAGUCAGUCAGUCGCAUGAAAUGUUUCUUCACAUUACCUCUUGGGGCAAUAGUCGUGUCCGAACUUGUUUUUGUAAGUAGCAAUUAUCAUUUGUAGAAUACAUAACAGGAGGAUACUGUAUGUUAUGUGGAAAUAAUCUUUUGUUGCUGUAGUCACAAUCAUCAGUGUGUUUCAAAGACGAUACUUUUUUUAAAAACAGGCCAUUGAAAGUGUGUCAUUCAUCGGCUUUGGCCCCGUUCUCAUAUAUAUUUUCUUAAACUAGUUCAGUGGAAACCUGUUAGCAUGUAAUGAGAAUGCUCAAAGUGGUUUUGCAAGUAUCUCAAGUGGUGUUUUUUACAAGACUGCUUUGCAUUGUUAAUCUGGUUGAAACAUUGGUGAGGACACGACCUGUCUUCAGGAAGCGAUCAUCACUUUGAAGUUUAAAUGGUGUGCUUGCAUUUCGGAUGCAGUGCAGCGAGUACAGCAUUUUUUUUUUUCCAGAAUACUGAGGAUUGUCUACAGUUUCAAAGUUUGUACGAAACAUGUAACCUUACUGAGAGGGUUCUAUUAGCCACAAGACCACUUUACGUCAAGUGGUUCUUGACACCGGUGAUGGGAAUGUCGGCGAAGCAAUCUUCUUAACUGGUUUCCUAAACUGGUUUAAGGGAAACUAGUUCAGGAAAGUCGAUGAGAAUAGGGUCUUAUUCUCUUUUUAUGAGAGAUGUAAUUGUUUAUCACAGUCACCGUUUAUUUCUGAAAUACAGCCAAAAUCACCUCAUGUAUUAUGUAAAUAACAUACUUCUGUUUGUCUUUUAUGUAAAUUAUAGAGUUGAAAAUGUCAAGGGGAUUUGUCAUUUUAAUGGAGAUAUUAUAGACAUUAUGACUUGAAAUCGAGAUAUAAGAUUAAUAAAUGUACAUACACAACA